AUGAAAAACAGACCAAAUUUAAAAGAGGGGAAUGAAGCAUUGAAGAGCAAAAGGAAGUCGGAGUUAAUAGUGAAUUCUUUAGUUUGGAUCAAUAAAAACCUGUUGCAGAAAUAUUGUCAAUCUCAGAAUUAUUAUUACACGAGAGAUGUCAACGAAAUACUUGGAGAUGCUUCAUCAAAGGCAGUGGUGCGGUAUAAGGAUUGGGUUGGGUAUGACGAUGAUGACGAAUAUUUGAAGAGGUACUAUUAUGGAGAUGAGUAUCCCCAGAAAAUCCAGUUGUUGACUGAAUACUAUAAAUUUCAUACUGAUAUAGCACGAAUCUUUAUGGAACCAAUAGCAUCCGUGUUGAAUAAAUACUAUGAUAAGAAGCGCAAAUAUGAAUAUUACAGGAUAGCUCACCUGAUUGAGGAGGAGAACAAGAAGAAUCCCUCAAGACCUCCCAAAGGCAUAGUAGGAGAAAGACCCUCGCCUGCAAAUUCUUAAGACAGUCAAAGACAAUCAGAGUCACCAAACACUGCAAAAAGGAUUAGGAACAUCCAAAUUUUGAAGGACUUGAGUUGGCUUAACAAGUCCUCUUAAAUCCCUAAAAAGAAGAGUGAUGUAUCCUGUACUCUCUAAGAAAUUUGCAAGCAAUUGGGAAAUGUUGGUUUGGAACAAUCUUCGCUGUUGAUAUCCUCUGGGAAGGGCGAUGAAGUGAAGUUGGAUAAGUUUUUGGCCUAUCUUAAUCAAUAAACGUAGAAGACGCAAAGAGAUAAGGCAUCAGAGAUUCAAAAGCAAACUAAAAAACUAAGUCAACCUCAUGAAUAAUUAAUUUAGACCCUUAUUCAAAAGUAACAUGAUGAAAUUUAACAAAGGAUGGGUUCACAACAUUCUAAACAGAACACAGAACUCAUAUAAUAAAUGAAUAAGAUAUCGAGAGACAUCAAUGUAAAUUUUAUAAAGAAUUAAGUUGAUUCGCUUAUGAAGCACAAGUAAAGUAAUGAAAAUUUGUAAAGCAGGACGAGAGUGGAUUAGAAUGAUCAGAUAAAACAAUCAAUAAACCCUAAAUCCAAAACAAUAGUGUAACAACAACCUAAGAUAUCAACUCAAUUAUUUUUAAAGGAUCUCAGAAAGAAUGUUCAAUAAGUCCCAUUGCAUCUGAAUCGCCAACUUUAGAAUCCUGUUCUAUCUCCUACAUCCAAUCAGAACAACACUUAAAAAACACAAGCAACUAAUCAAAUAUCUAUUGGCAAGUUGAAUCUUAAAUAGAUUUCGAAAAUCUUCAUUGAGGAAGAUCCCACUGAAUAAGAAUUAAAAUGGAAGAAUGGAUCCUAAACUCAUAGACCUAUGUCUGGAACCAAAAACUUCUUUUCUAAUAGGAAUAGUCCCACGGCAUCAAGAGGAGCUCAAUUUGAAUUCAAAACCAAUCUGGUGAAGUAGACUUCCGGUUAGAUCUCAACCCAUUCAUAGAUGUCAUAGUAAUAGCAGAGCCAAAAAAGUAUCAAGGCACCUGGGUCUUAAACAACCAGGAAGGCAACACAACCAAAUAUUCACAUUCGAUACACAUCCAAUUAAGACAAGAUCAUCAACAUUAAUAUUAAUAUUAAUGAAAAUCUAUAGAAUUAAAAAUUAAAGUAAACAAAACACAAAAAGAAUCAAUCUGAAGGAAAACCACUGAAUACCCAUUUAUUGGAUACUCAAUAAGAAUUCGUGUGUUUAACUGACAGAGCAGGUUAAGGUGAAUUUCUGUUUAAGAACAGUAUAGCUGCAUCAUGUUAAAAUUCACCAAAAACAUAGAAAUUAAAAAGAGUUGGAAGUGGCAGUGGGAUGAGUACCUUAAAAAAUUCAGGAAGUACAAGAAAUUCAUUCAUACAAUAAAUGCUCACUUAGGUUUCUAAAUAAUAAUAACCAAGAUAGGACCUCUUUUCAUCGUAAUUCAGAAAACCUAAUUGA